AUGACUGCUUCAACACACAUCACUUCCUUUGCAGAUCAAUCCACCUCGAUGAUUAUGCUGAACAUUAAACUUGGCCAAAAUCUAAUUCUUGAUCUUGAUGCCUCCUGUUACAAUGAACUUCUCUAUCCAAUGAUUGAGUGUCUAAGGUAUUCUCCUCUAGUUCAAGCCCUAACAAUGGCGUACAGUCUUCCUUUGGUGCAUCUCUCUAAAGCCUACUCAUCUGUGAAUUAUAGUCAAUCGGAGGAGCUUAUUCACUUUGAGAUCUUGUGGAGAUGUUCUAGCAACUUGGUUACUACAGUGACUUAUCAGUCUGGUCGAAGUUUCGAAAGACCUUUCUUCCACCCAUCUAGAAUGUCUUGUUUACUCUUCAAUUCAAGGGAUUUUCUGAAAGAUGCUCGUGACUCGUUGCUCACGGUCUCGGUACCACAACAUCUGGCCAAGAAGCUCAAACCAAUCUUCUCCAUUCUUAAUCAUAUUGAAGGUGUUUUAGAAUCGGAUGCUCGUCCGAAACAAGGGGGAAAACCUAAGAAGACAUCUAGUGAAGAACCCAAGAAAACAGUUGGUGAUUCUGAUGAGAAUGAAAUCAAACCACAUCUGAAAGCAAAAGGUCAGAAGGGUAAUGAAGCUUCUUGA